AUGGAGUUACUUUACCUGAAUACGCUUCAAAGCCUUUCACUGCUUGAAGGAAAUCGCUUGGUUCAGACAGUUCAGGAACUAAAUAAUAUUUACCAAACGGAACUUAACGUAUUCUUAGAGUUUGGCAAUGGAGCAGAUAUUUUGGAAUCAGCCCAAGGAACUUUUGUGCCCACUCUUUGGAUUAAAAACCCGCAAAAUCAAAAGGUUAUGAAAGGAAACUUCACUAGUUGCACCCUUACCAUUUUAUAUCUGGAAGAUGAACACCUGGAUCGUGGACUUUACUAUCUUGCAAAUUGGUUGUGGGAAUAUCAUCACCUUGAAGUGCUAAUAUUUUUCAACGGAGGAUCUUAUGACAAACUAAUACAAAUAUUCAGUCGAUGUUUUAAUGAAGGUUUUGUGAAUGUACUUGUAAUGCUACCGGGCUCGGAUGAACUCUAUACCUUUAUGCCAUAUCAAGAUUUGAAAAUUUUGAACUUAAAGAGUAUCAAGGAGUUCUAUAGUCUCUCCCGUAAGAAAAUGGAUUUAAAUGGAUAUAAUAUCACCAGCGGACUUGUAAUAGCAGGAGCUCCUCGUUGGUUCUCUUUUAGAGAUCGUCAAAAUCGAUUAAUUCUAACUGGAUACAUGCUUCGAAUGAUUGUGGAUUUUACGAACCAUUUCAAUGGAUCCGUUCGGUUAAUGAAUGUGCUAACUGUAAACGAUGGUCUUGAACUUUUAGCAAAUCGAACAAUAGACUUUUUUCCAUUCCUAAUCAGACCGCUGAAAAGCUUUUCAAUGUCCAAUAUACUUUAUCUGGAAAAUUGUGGUCUUAUAGUGCCCACAUCAAGGCCAUUACCAAAUUGGGUUUACUUAUUAAGGCCGUAUGCAUUUGACACUUGGAUAGCCUGGCUAAUAAUGCUAAUUUACUGCUCCUUGGCCUUAAGAAUUUUAUCAAAAGGACAAAUAAGCAUAAGUGCUGCAUUUUUAAAAGUUCUUCGAUUGGUUAUGUAUCUUUCGGGUAGCAGAGAUAUGGGAACUCGGCCAACAACUCGUCGCCUCUUUCUCUUUGUCAUAUUAACAACUUCAGGAUUUAUAUUAACUAAUCUUUAUGUGGCCCAAUUAUCGAGUAAUUCGGCCGCAGGACUUUAUGAGAAACAAAUAAAUACUUGGGAAGAUUUGGACAAAUCCGAUAGCAUUUGGCCAUUGAUAGAUGUUGAUAUUAAAACUAUGGAAAAACUUAUCCCUGAUCGAACGAAAUUGCUGAAGAAAAUUGUCCCGACUUUAGAGGCAGACGUAGAUACUUAUCGAAGAAACCUAAACACAAGUUGUAUUCAUUCUGGAUUUUUUGAUCGCAUUGAUUUUGCUCUUUAUCAACAGAAAUUCCUACGAUUUCCCAUCUUUCGGAAAUUUCCACAUUUACUCUACCAGCAACCUCUUCAGAUAUCCGCUGCAUUUGGACGUCCCUACUUGCAGUUGUUUAAUUGGUUUGUGAGGAAAAUAUUUGAAAGUGGAAUUUAUCUCAAAAUGAAGGACGAUGCCUAUCGCCAUGGAAUUCAAAGUGGUUUGCUAAAUUUGGCAUUUCGUGAUCGGCAUUUGGAAGUGAAAUCAAAUGAUGUGGAAUAUUAUUACCUGAUUGCGGGAUUGUGGUUUGGUGGUUUGACUUUGGCUACAGUUUGUUUCCUACUUGAGUUGCUUAUUGGAUAUGCCAAGAUUAAAGUAACUAUAUCUUGUAAAAUGAAUAUAAUGUAGUAUAGGAUUAUCAAAAGCACUAUUUUCGAAAUAAAUCUGGGUGUCAUUAGAUAUUAGAUGUUUAUAAUAUCUUAACAUGGUGAUUGUCAUUUCUGGUGUCAAAUAUUGUUGCACAGCGGAACUGUAAAGUAAACUUUGGUCACAGCCGUUUUCUACCCAUAACUCUCCGCCCAAAAACUGUAAUUACAACGAAAAUACGUUAAAAUAUUUUGCCGGCAAGGUGACGCCUCCCUUGCGGCCUCAUUUGCAUGCCCGCUGGCUGCACUUGUCGCGGCUCAAAAUCCACUGCCCAAAUGGCCAAAUGGCAAACUGGCAACCUGCAACUGGCAAUUGGCAACUGGCAGCCGGCCAAAGUUGCAACUGCCUCCGAAGGUGUCUUCGAUUAUUGCCAAACAUUAAUUAUUUGCGCGCGAUUUGGCGCCCGCCUCCUUUUUUUUGUGAAAGGCUUGGGCUAGUAGUUCAAAUGUUUAUUUUUCUGCUCUCCCUGGUGUAUCUUUGAUUACUGACUACACAUGAAGAAGUUUAAGGUUAUAAAUAAAUUGAAUACAAACUCAUAUUAAAAAUUUCCAG